AUGUUGGGCCGCCAGAACUCAGUCAACUCGACGCUCUCGAGAUCAAGCUCAGGAAUUAUCGUACCAAAUAUGCAUGCGCCCGUCCGACCUGGCAUGGAACGCGCACCGACCAGCAUGGCUCUGAACAAACCACUCUCCCGGCUACGACUUGAUGGUCAGGUCGCUCUUAUCUUUGGCGGAGGUGGAAAGAUUGGCAUAGAGACAGCAGGGCGAUUGCUUGUCGAGGGCGCUACAGUUGCCAUUGUGGAUAUCGACCAGCCAGCGCUCCAGAGUGCUAUCCCAGUACUGAGAGCUGCUCUGCCAACUGGAGUGCCCAUCGAAUCGCGGUUGCUCACCAUUGCUGCAGAUGCGACAAUAGAGGAGGAUGUUGAGGCAUGUGUUAAAAAGACAUUGCAAAGAUUUGACAGAUUGGACAUUGCUCUUUUGAAUGCCGGUGUAAGAGAAGAGGCGAAGAGCUUGUUCGACCAGAGCGAGGAGGAUUACGAGCACAUCAUGUCUGUCAACGUCAAGUCAGCAUUCUUUUGCGUCAAGCACGUUGCAGCAGCAAUGCGCGUCCUUGGAAACGGUGGCUCGAUCAUCUUCAGAUCCUCGAUUGCUGGCCUGCGUGGUUUCCCCGAUCAAGCAAUCUACUCAACCUCGCGUUUUGCAGUCCGCGGUCUUGCGCUAUCGGCUGCUGAGGAGCUGGGUCAGUUCAACAUUCGCGUUAACACUAUUCACACUAGCAUCAUUGCCACUCCCGGGUACAAGGAGGGCUGGAGCAAAGAGAACCUGGCAGAAGUCAAAGAGGAUACCUCACUUCCUCGAUUUGGCAUGCCCGACGACGUGGCGAGCGUAGUCGCAUUCUUGGCCAGCGACGACUCGAGGUUCAUGACUGGAGGCUGCUUGAAAAUUGACGGCGGGUGCGUGAGCUAUUAG